UGUUUACAAACGUUAGUCUCAACGUGUUCGGGACCAUGGAGGGGCGGCUGCACGAUUUGGAGAGAAAAUACCUCUAUUCGGAGUAUCCCUUAGAGGAUUUUCAGCCAGAUGAGAAAGGUGAUGCUUGGCAGAAUGUGUGUCAGCUUGUGUCAGUGGGAAGCUAUGUAGCAGCUCUUCAGGACCAAGAAUGUCAGCAGGCGCUAGGGGCUAAUGCAAGCUCAAGAAGGGAAGCCACUGUUUCAGUCACAGAACAUUACAGGUCCAUAUUGUCUUCUUAUCUCGGUGACAGUGGAUCAUCGCCUCAUAAAGAACACAUUGUGCUUUGCAUUGGCAUAUCGUCGCUUCAGCUAUUUGCGCAAAACAACUUUACUGGGCCUCUGAUUGGUCCUGCAUCAAGCUCUUUGUUACCUGGGCUCAUUCCAGAGGGUAAGAAUGAAGAAGAGGUCAGAGAAGAAGCCCUUGAGGCUUUAGUAGGUGAUACAGAAGGUGUUUAUAAUUUGCUGCAUGGGCCAGAGUAUCUCUUGCUGGCUAAGCUCAUUUUAACAGACAUGCGUUCUUCCCUUUCAACGUGCCUAACAGUAGAUUGGUGGUGCGUCCGUUGUUCACUCUUGCAUCAAUUGGUAGCAGAUGAACGAUCCCCACAGCUGUAUGAAAUUCUGCUUCAAGCUCUCAAUCAGGUAGAGAACAACCCAGACUUGUUGAGCAGAAACAUCUCAAGAGACCUAAACGCUCUCUAUCAUUUGGAAGCUGGUCACCUUCACCUCUACUACUAUGAUGUAGGAAGAGCAGGGGAUCACUUCCAAAAAGCAGCGGAUUCACUAGAGGUAAAGGCUACUUUGACAGGGGCACUUGGCAAGCGAACAAAGUGGCAGCAGCAUGACCUUCCACAACUGGUUGUGAAGGUAGAGUACCCUGGACGCCCAAUCAUGGAGGGGGAACUUCCAGGGGACCGUCUUCUACCUGUUGACUUGCCCAAGGAUGUUAUUCUGAAUGAUGAUACCCGUCUUCACAGAUUCAAGUUUAAGGAUACAGAUGAGGAUGUUAUUCCUGAUUUAAGACCAAUAGAACAAGCAUUGUUACUUGCUAUGAUUACCCAUAAAAGAAGGUCUGCAGCUGAAGAUCUACAACUGGACGAAGAAACAAAGGCAUUCCUUGUUGCACUCCUUCAGUACCCAAAGAACUGGAGUCUCCAAGUGUCAGCCUUAUUUUUACGGUCGAGGGUAGAGAUCAGUCAGUCCAGAGCCAUGGAGCGAUCUCUGACCCAGGUCGAGGAACUGGUGGCUGCAGUGAACCGAGAAGAACCGUCCAGGUAUGAGAGACUUAAGCUUUUGCACACUUCACUUGUAACCCCUCAGUGGGAACUACAGCAAGAAUUGGCCAAGAUGCUUAUGAGAUUAGGUUGUGUCAAGACAGCCUUGGAGGUGUUUGAAAGACUGCAGCUGUGGGAAGAUGUCAUCACAUGCUAUAAUGAGCUGCAGAUGCGUCAACGAUCAGCAGAAAUUAUUAGGAGUCAGUUGAAUAAAGGGGAAACACCAAAGCUGUGGUGCUUGUUAGGAGAUGCUACUGAUGAUAUUGAGUGCUACAGAAAAGCUUGGGAAAUGUCCAACCAUAGGAGUGGAAGGGCACAGAGAUGUUUUGGAAAUUAUUAUUAUGUAAGGAAAGAUUACAAAAAUGCCACAGUACAUUAUGAGAAGAGUGUUGAAAUCAAUAAGUUACAGUUCCCAGUUUGGCAGAGAUUAGCCUAUUGUGCCAUGCAAAUUGAAGACUGGGAAAAGUGUGCCCAGGCUUACAGAAGAUGUAGUGUCUUAGAACCAGACAGUUUUGAAGUCUGGAACAACUUGAGUCAGGCUUACCUUAAGCUAAAUCAGAAACACAGAGCAUGGAAAUCCCUCCAGGAGGCACUGCGUUGUAGAAUGGACAAUUGGCGGUUGUGGGACAACUUUAUGUUAGUCAGCACAUCCCUUGGUUAUAUGACUCAGGCUCUGAAUGCCUACAAUAGAAUUUUGCGUCUCAAGGAACGCCAUGUUGAUACCCAGAUUUUAGGCCGGGUAGUGAAAGCCAUUGUGGAUGAUGAUAAGGACCCUGAAGGGAGAGAAGUAAAAGGACUUUUCAAGAAGUGCUCAGAGCUGCUAGGCCGCCUUACAAGUGAAGUUCCCACACACCCUGAACUGUGGUAUCUCUAUGGUGUCCUGACUCAAGCCCACCCUGAAGCCAGCACUGAGACACGUCACUUAGCUAUGCAACAUUUCAAGAAAUCUCUUGCAGCUACUACGCAAAAGAUUGGUUGGGAAAAAGAUGCUUUAUCCACGGUGGCUGCCUUACACCGUGCUUCAUACCUCCUAGAUGCAGUCAUGGAAUCCUGUGAAGGUGUUGCACCAAAGGCUGCAAUGGCUGACCUAAAUUCUGUUAAAAUGUCUGUGCGUGGAGCUGUAACUGGUGCUCGCCGAGGCCAGGUAAAUGCCAUCACAGGAGAAGUAACAGAAUCUGUUCAAGAGCCUCUCAAAGAAGUCGAGGAUAAGUUGUCCAUUCUAAUGAAAAAGAUUGAAGAUCUUAAAGUGGAGAGUUGAGCUCAAAUGACCACCCAAGAUGCACAAAAGGGAAGUGAUUGAUAUGAAGCCAUUACAUGAUAAUUUAAAACUGUGUAUAUUAGAAUCAAUAUAUAUUGUACUCGUGCUUUGGAUUUGGUGUGCUGUUCGUACUGCAAGACAUUCCUACCACAUGAAAGCUCAUAUUUGGAUGUGAGUAAUGAUUUUAUGCCAGUGAAAAUUUAUUAAAAAUAAAUUUGAACAGAA